AGAUAGCAGACAGAUGUGUACAGUCAAUGCGCCAGGAAUGUUAGACGGACGGAGAGUGAACCGGUGUUGUUAACUGUGGAUCAACGGACGCACAGCCCAGCCGCAGGACCUGUGGACAACAAUAAAACAAAUAAACAGAGAUCUUGUGUUUCUUUUCCUGCCUGAAGUGGAGCAGAGACACUGGGAGAUUGCACUGAGGACAUAACAAGACAAGAUAGGUCUAGAUCUUUCGCACUGAAUGUUCAGUCAACAAAAAAGAGUGGACAUUUCUGUUUCUCUUACAGAGACGAGCCGCAAGUUCUCAACUGGCGUGUGAGACAGCAAAAAGAACACGAUUUUGGGGUUGAUUUCCUGGCUCUCGUUGAGAUAGAUAGAAGACUAUGGAGAAACUGGAUCUGACUGGUCGUGUUGCUAUCGUCACUGGCAGCUCCUCUGGCAUCGGCCUGGCCACGGCUGUGUUGUUUGUCAAACGGGGGGCAAAGGUCACGCUACAUGGCCGGAACCUGGAGAAACUGUCGGCGGCCGCCAAGGUCCUCAGGGAGGCGGGAGCCAAGGAGGGUCACUACCUGACUGUGGCUGGUGACGUCACAGAGCCGGCCAGCCGCGAGUCCCUGGUGCAACAGACGGUGGGCAAGUUUGGCCGCAUCGAUAUUCUGGUGAACAAUGCCGGGUGUGGGAGUAGAGCGUUUCUGCGUGACGUCACGGAGGAAGAGAUCGACGGGAUGGUGAACCAACACUUCAAGGCUCCGGUGUUCCUGUGUCAGCUCUGCCUGCCCUACCUCAUCAAGAGCAAAGGGAACAUUGUGAACGUGAGCUCUUGUGUGGCAGUGGAGGCGAGCUUUCUGAGCUUGGGAUUCGGGUCAACAGUGUGAGACCUGGCCUCAUUCUGACUCCCAUCUUCGACUCAGUGCCGAAAGAAAUCUGCGAUAAGGUAUGGGGAUCUUGUGUAGAGGGAGGAGGAGAUGUGGCCGGG